UGUCAUCCACACGGGGAGACCAUAACCUUCCUCUUUCCAAGAACCCCCUUCCAAUUUCCACCCUCCUUCCCCCUUCCUUCACAUGGUAUAAAUUCAUUCACUCUCAUUCAAUGUUUCCCUCACAAACCCAAAAACCCAAUACAUCUAAAGAAACAAGAGCUAAUUACAAUCAAUGGCAGGAGUCGGCAAGAGGGCUGUUGAUGAUUUUGAGGACCUGCUGCCAGAGAUGGCUGAUAAGCUUGGCGGGGAGGGCCUGAUCACAGAGCUGUGCAAUGGGUUCCAGCUGCUGAUGGACAAGGACAAAGGGGUCAUUACAUUGGAGAGCUUGAGGAGCAACUCUGCUCUUCUUGGUCUGCAGAAUUUGAGAGACGAUGAGCUUGUGAGCAUGAUGAGGGAAGGUGACAUGGAUGGCGAUGGAGCUCUCAACCAGAUGGAGUUUUGCGUUCUGAUGUUCAGACUCAGCCCUGAGCUGAUGGAGGAGUCUUGGAUUUGGCUUGAACACGCGAUGCAGGAGGAGCAAGAUAAUAAGAGACGUCAGUCUUGAUCGUUUGAUUUGUAUUUUACUUCCAUCCUUUAUUCAUUUUGGAACUGAAAUAGUCUGGUUGAAAAAUACCGAGAAAUAACAAACACCUUCUUUUGGUUGUAAUA